CUUUAUUUAAUCUGUGUUUCUAGCAGGUUCAGCACACUGGCAGCAUGACUUUAGCUCCUGCUUCUGGAAGCACAUUGCAAGUCAAUAUGACAGAGUUGUUCUUCCGGCUACCCAUUAAUUUACCACAUGAGCUUUGCUGGUUGUCAGGUCACACUGUUUUGGCUAGUAUAAAACAAACAUGAAAUGACCUUUCAGAUACAGACAUUGUAAGAGUGGCUGCAAAGUAUAGCGGAAGUAAUUUGCAAAGUAAAAUAAUAUUUUUGCAGUGUUUGGCAGUGGUGUAGAACAAAGAACUACUUCACAAAGGGAAACAAGUAGAAGAAAUUAGGAAUGAGACCAUAAAAGAGAUGACUGAUCAGUGUGCAAUCUGGGCAAUGGUGAUUUACAAGAGGGAGAGAGACCUCAUGAAAAAUACUGAAGAAAAAGAAGGACAAUCAAGACCUGAAAGAUAAAGCCAUUAUUCUAGUCCAUGUGUCCAAAUUUCAAACUCUUUUUCCCACUGAAUUUUUGUCUUUCAUUUACUCCCCAGUGUGUGUUGCAGCUUACCUCCAUCCUUGCAAGAUGUCUUUCUACGACUUGUGUUCCACCUCUGCCUGUGGCGUCAACCGCCCCCAGCCCCUCGCUGACAGCUGCAAUGAGCCGUGCGUCCGUCAGUGCCCUGACUCCACGACUGUGAUCCAGCCACCCCCUGUUGUCGUCACAUUCCCCGGCCCCAUCCUCAGCUCCUUCCCACAGGAUUCGGCUGUGGGAUCCUCUGGAGCACCCGUCCUUGGGGGCUAUGGCUCCCUGGGCUAUGGGGGCCUGUAUGGCUACAGGGGCUAUGGCUCCCAGGGCUAUGGGGGUCUGUAUGGCUAUGGGGGCUAUGGCUCCCUGGGCUAUAGGGGUCUGUAUGGUUAUGGAGGCUAUGGCUCCCUAGGCUGUGGGGGCCUGUAUGGCUACGGAGGCUCUCUUGGUUACAGGGGUCUGUAUGGCUAUGGUAGACCCUAUGGUUCUGGCUAUUGCAACCCUUACUCCUCCUGGUCCAACAGGUACAGCCAUGGCAGCUGCGGGCCCUGCUAAACACAACAGGAAAAUCCACUGAAUAAAGUACAAGUAAAAAACAAAAUGCAGAUUCACCAGUGAGCAGAUGAGUGACAGCUUUGUUAAAGCACUCACAAACCCUGUUCAGUGCAGUGCUUUCUGCAUGCUCUGCACCUCUCCUUUUUUCCCUUUGAAUUUUUUCCUGGUAUCUUCAUGGGUUCAAUUCCUUACUAUCUUCUACUUUAUCGUACUUGUGACUGAAUGCAGUGAGACUUUUAACAGCGUCUUUCAAAAUGUGUUUGUCUCUGACAUCUUGG